CUUCACCACGAGCACAAACAACAUAUAUACAGGCCUGAUCAAACUUAGCUGCCCAGAUCGAGAAGAGAAACAAGAUGGAGUUGGUCAAGCCCAAGGUGGCCGUGUGCGCGGCGCUGCUGCUGCUGCUAUUGCUUUCUUCCUAUGACAAGCAUGGGGGCGUGGUGGAGGCGCGGCUGUGCACGGGGAAGAGCCAGCACCACUCCUUCCCGUGCGUCUCGGACAAGCACUGCACCAGCGACUGCGUCCGCGAGUACAACGGCGGCUGGACCGCCGGCUACUGCCACUGGAGGGUCUGCACCUGCCAGAAGGCCUGCUAGAACCCCUACCCCCCCGGCCCGCAGGCGGUACAAGCUCCGGCCGCCCACCGCCGUCUGUCGGCCGGCCCGGCCGGUCAUCGACGCCGGCGGUACAAGCCCCUAGAUACACCUUAACCACCACGCAUCCCACUCGAUGUAAUAAAAGCGUGACGAUAGUCACCCGUGUAAUGUAAGCAUAAUCAUGCCUGUACGUAUAAC